AUGUCAAAAGACAUAGAAAUACAGCAAAAUACUGACGAAAGUUCGGUUGCCGAAACUUUUCGCGAAGAUGUACAUGCUAUUGCCGUUGAAACAAAAGAUUUAAUAAUUGAAGCAAGAUUAAAUUUAACUUUACUUAUUGGUUGUAUUUUAUUAGUAUCUCUUAUAUCAGUUUUAUUAUCAACAUGGAUUGCGAAAACAAUAACAAAUAGUCCAACAUCAUUAGGUACAAUUGUUAGUUAUUAUUUUGGUUUAGAUCAUAAUAAUACUGAACAAUAUAUAACAUGGUGGACACCAAUACAUAUGAAAUCAAAAGAAUUAAUUUCAAAAAAUUUUUCAAUUAAAACUACUACUACAACUACAACAAUAAAAACAGUUCCAAUAAAAAUUCAUUAUAAUGAAUAUUCAAUAUUUCGUAUGAUUAUUUUACCAUUUCUUUUUAUGUGUUCAAUUUUUCUUGCUAUACUUGCUUAUUAUGCACGUGUGCAAUGUGCAAAAUAUAAUUUUGCUUGGGGUACUGUACCAAAAAUAUCAUUUGAAAAUGGUGAUUCAAUUAUUGCAAAAAAAACUAUUGUUAAAAUGAGAGCAAUUGAACCAAACAUUGAUUAUGUUAUUGUACAUGGAGCAAAAGAAGAACCUGAUAGAUUUGCAUUAGCUGAUACAUCUCAACCAUUACAUGAAAAUGGAGAUAUUAUCGAUGAAGGAACUCAAUGUGAACCAGAAGAUAUUCUAAAAGUAAUUACACAUGAUUCAUCUACAUCUUAA